AAACAUUUUUAAAAAAUUCAGUUAAUGGAUCAAAUUAAAAACAAACAAAUUUCUGUUCCAUAAAUUCCAUCAGAAGCUCAAAUCGCCACACACAACAAAAAAACACCGGCUUACAACUAAUCGAAAAAAUUAAUCGCCAAAAACGAAGUCAAACAUCAUAAAUCUUCAUAUACCUACAAAAUGGGUAAACGACAGCGUAGUCUCUUUCGCGGCUCUUUCAUGCAAAAACUCAUGUACAAGCAGCACAAGGCAGCCCUCAGUAAAAUUUCCAGCGCCGUCGAUAUUGGUCCACCUCACAUCAAAAAGGAUGUCUACCUAAAUAUAAGAGGCAUGCGUAACGACAAGUACGCUUUGAGGCGUAUCAUUAAAGAAAAUAUAGAGCUGCUGGAGAGACUCAAUCAAAUACGACGUACGCACGGCUUGAGCAAUAGCUACAACACGCACAAGCGUAUUUCACAGACUAAGCUGCAUCAUUUCUUGCGUCGCAUUGAUGAUAUUGAAACGGAGAAUCAGUUUCUGGGCUGCCGCCUCUUGCGUGUCAAGCCGAUGCUAUCGAAGUCUGGCAUACCAGUUUCGGCACGCAGCAGCAGCCGUUUGAAGUUUGAGCGCUCGCAUGUUAGUCUAAAAAUUCGUGAGAAAUUGCUCAUGGACCAAUUACUGCAUCCAAAAGUCUUCUUAGACUUGGAAGUGAAAGACAUCCGGCCAUUAGGGCGCGUUGUCAUACAACUCUACACAGAGGCAUGCCCCGAAAUGGUAUUGGAGUUUGCACGCACUUGCUCCGAAAAUAAGUCAGACUUAUUCAAGUUUAUACGCAUUUUUCCCGGUCUGUGGCUCGAGGGAGAGAUCGCUGUCAAAAAUCGCGUUUUGAGCAAAUCAAAUUUCCAGCAUGAAAUGAACAUGAUAAGACACGACUCGGGUUCCUGCAUUCUUUCGUUUGCCAAAUGUUAUCUAACUAAUGGCUUUCCAUAUGGAUUGCUCAAUUUUACGAUUAGCUUUAAAGCCAUGCCCGUGCUCAAUGGCGAGCGUGUAGCCUUCGGUGAGCUAAUUGCUGGCCAUCGAGUAUUGGAAUGCACCCAGGACUAUGGCACAAAAAAUGGCAAAGUCAAAAAGGAGAUUGUUGUCGUAAACAGCGGUCUCAAAGCUUAUAUUGACGUCUGAAAUACAAUUCAAAUUAAUAAUUUGAAAAUUUAAUACAAUAUCAAAAAAACAAAUCUUAUUGUUUGUACU